GCCCACUUCACUUCACCGCCGUCGCACGUCAAACUACUCUUAACCUCCUCCCUUCUCUCAAUACGGGGACAGUCUGUUCUCAGCAGUCAAGAUGUCUGGUUCUUCCGCCACGCAAAACUCAGCUGCGGCGGCUGGCAGCCUUACAGGGAGUAUAGCAUCUGCUACCUCAUCAACCUUUCCAACCUCAGUUGGAUCAAGCCAGCUUUCAACCUCGACUCUCAGCACACCUUCUCUGCCACUUGCAGAAAUCACCUUAACACUACCUGGGGCCCAGCCUGGUAUUGACAGAGGCACGCCUACCGAAGUAGCCAACACAAUUUUCACGGCUACCCCAUACACAAAUGCAGCUGCACAAGCACCCAUCGCAGUGGCGGUUACUAUCUUUGAGUAUCCUUUAGCUCAUACUACUAGCAUCAAGCCAGCGACCAACUCAAGUGCUUCGACGCAUUGUCCUCGUCCAUCUUCGACCGGUAUAUCUACUGGGACUAUCGCCGGGGCAUCAGUAGGUUGUCUGCUGGGCGGCCUUCUGAUCGGGGCAAUUGUGGCACUAGCGAUUUUGCGUCGAAAGCACCAGAAAGAUGGAAAGGAUAUCAAGAAGGAGAAUUUCGUGCUAACAACGGAGUCGAAAAUUUACGGAGAGCCUGGUUCUGGCCAGUCAAGUAGGGAUGUCAACCUCAGCCAAUUCCUCCUAGAUGCAACUCCCGACAAGGAAAUCGGCGACGAAUUCCGUUCACUAAGCGAACUAAUACGGUCUCACAUUGAGAACCAUUACCAUCUACAACCAUUGCACUCUUCGGCUUCACUAGUUCCGAGCAUUCGCGACUUGGAAUUGCCUCAGACCCCAGGGUCAACUCCCGAAAGCGUGGCCGCUAUCUGUGCCAAUCCGGUCAGUCGACAAGUCGGGCUUCAGCACGUUAUUUCUACGGCCAUUCUCAACAGUAUCGACUUCCCCUCAGGGGGCCGAUUUGCUCUGCUUCCCGAACCAGUGACAAACUUUCUCCGCUCCGUCCCAAGGGAUACCCAAUACGACAAGUCUAGUGCGAAAAUGCUCGCGUUGUCACAAUGGCGCAAAUUAUCGGCGUUUCUACUGCACCCAAGUCGCAACCAACGGACUCCACUUCCAAUGGCAGACUCGGCGGCAGCUCAGCAUGCUGCUGAUCUCACCACGGCUCUUCAGGUCUUCCUUAGGCCUUUCGUUCCUGCAGACCAGACCAGACUAGAGGAGCAAACGGAACACCUCCAGGCAGUCAUUCUGGAAUGUGCAAAGUUUGGUUGGUUGGUCAUGUCGCAACCCAGCGACUGGCACUUCAAGUAUAGCCAGGGUGGAGGAAACUCGGGGGUCCGGAUGCUCGUCGUUUUCCCUGGUCUUGAUAAGUUAAGUGGCAAGGAUGGAAAGUUGUAUCGGUCACCUCAUCAGGUCGUGGCACCUGUGGUAACACAAGUUUAGGCAGUUAGAUGUUUGAUCCGGCUGGCUGCAGACUGUAUCGACACAAGCGAGCUCCUCAUUUCAUGUCAAUAACAUGGCUCAAACCAACAUGCAGGCGGGGAAAAUGACAAAAGGACCCUGUAGGGUGGCAAGUUGUAAGAUGAAGAUGUGGAUAUUGACUGCGUGAGCUAUCUUCAGCUCAGCCUGCUCUACCCCCUAGAAAAGUCGUGCCGUCACGCAGACCCUGGUAAACCCCCAUGGACUGUUAGGCGCUAAGACUGUGCUGUUGGUUCAAGAUUUGUGCUUCUUUUCGUUCAAGCACCAAUCAGGCUGCUCAUCACAUUCUCAAAAGAGAAAGCCCAGCCGCCACUGUGCCACAUGCAUGUUGGCUCUCCGUGAGUGCAUCUACCCACCCCACCCCCUUCACCACGGC